AUGGUAUAUGGUUGUGGAAAAAAGGGUCAAAAGAACUCUCAUGUUAAGUACCAGUACAUCCUUAUUGUUAAUUUGAUUUUGAUACUUGAAGAGACCGUUUCGGUAGCAAUGCUGUCCCAGAGAUCCAAGAAGCUGCUACAGACUAUAGGAUUUCGUCAAGGGUUUCAUUCCAUUGUGAGCUCACUUGUUCCCAUGGUACUUGAGCAAUCACCACGAGGGGAGCGCGUGUUUGACAUUUACUCGCGGUUGCUCAAGGAGCGCAUUGUGUUUGUGCACGGUCCUGUAAACGACGAUAUGGCAUCUCUUGUGACUGCGCAGCUGCUGUUCCUUGAAUCGGAGAACCCCGAAAAGGACGUGUACAUGUACAUUAACAGCCCUGGGGGUGUCGUAAGCUCUGGUCUGGCUAUCUACGAUACCAUGCAGUACAUCCAGCCCAACGUUAAUACGCUUUGCAUGGGCCAGGCCGCAUCCAUGGGCUCACUCUUGCUUGCAGGAGGUGCCUCAGGCUGUCGGUCUGCACUACCAAAUGCUCGUAUCAUGAUCCACCAGCCUUCAGGAGGGGCACAGGGCAUGGCCAGUGAUAUUGCUAUCCAUGCUGAGGAGAUCAUCAAGCUCCGUACUAGAUUGAACAGCCUGUAUGCGUCCCAUACGGGAAAGCCCAUCACAGUGAUCGAGCAGGCAAUGGACCGCGAUCUUUUCUUGGACCCACAGGAGGCACAGGCUUUUGGUAUCAUCGACUCAAUCGUUGCCAAUCGAAUCACAAAAUCGUCACCAUAG